AUGGAGGCACGAGACACAAAGUACUUGUUACUGGAUGAUGGUCGGAAGCUAUGCCUAGAAUGCCAUGACUCUGCAAUAACAGAUACUCAUGAAUGCCAACCACUGUAUCUUGAAAUUCAAGACUUUUAUGAAGGAUUAAGACUAGAUGGUAUUUUGUUUCAGUUUACUGCCUAUAAUUUAAUCUUGCUAUGUAAAUUGACCCUCGCAGAGCUAAGGUGCACAAAGACAAAGGUUGGGGCAGGCCGGCUAACGGACAUGUUUACAGAACCUUAUAAGGUAGUUCGUCAAUGUGCAGUGACAGCAAUUCUGAUUUUGUACAGUGUCCCUCGGUUAUUAACUGAUUCGAUACUCGCUCAUGAGAUGAUACAUCCAUGGAUCCGACUUAAAGGUGCAAAAUAUCUCCUAUUUAUUCAGUUUUCUACUCUUACCAUCUAA